AUGCCAAAUGAACGAGAAUCGUUGGACGAUUGCCACUUUCGAUACUAUCACUUGGGUGGAGGAAAUGCAGUGGCUCCUGCCUUCGGUAGCCCCGCGUUUCUGCGGGAGUUCGCGCAUAUAGCGGCCAUUGGAUGGUCGCAGAAGGAUGGGCACGUUCGGUGGAGUUGUGGUGGAUCGUUGAUUUGGGAAAAUUUCGUGCUAACGGCCGCUCACUGCGCCGCAGAUGAAGACAACAUAGCGCCCGAUGUGGUGCGCCUCGGUGAUAUCGAUCUGUACAACGAUACGGAUGAUGCGUUCGCCCAGCAGUACAGGGUAGUGGAGAUCAUUCGCCAUCCCGACCAUCGGUUCAUAGCCAAGUACCAUGAUGUGGCGUUGUUGAAACUUGACCAGCAUGUGACAUUGAACGAGACCGUUGCACCGGCAUGCUUGUGGAACGAGGAGGAAAUUAGAUUCCCCGUGCUACAGGCUGCCGGCUGGGGAGCUACUGGUUUCGGACAAGCGCAAACUCCGAGCUUAUUGAAGGUAUCACUCCGGCCCGUUGCGAAGGAGCAGUGCAAUCGGCAGUAUCAAGCGGGUGAUCGUGGCUUGAAGGAUGGUCUCAAAGCGGAUCAAAUGUGCGCUGGUGAUAUUAGAAUGGAUACGUGUCCCGGUGAUUCCGGUGGUCCGCUAGAGGUGAAGCUACUACACAACAGCAAAAUGACCCCCUUUAUUGUGGCCAUAACCUCGUUUGGUACCGCGUGUGGUCAAUCAUUGCCCGGAGUGUACACAAAGGUCGCGAGCUACAUACCGUGGAUACGAUCCGUGUUGGAGGCACACGGCGAGGAAGCCCCCGAGUGGAAGUUCCGACCGUACGCCUGUGCACUACGCUAUUUGACGUUGCGCGAGUACGAACCAGAUGUGGUCGCGAGUAAAACCGACUUGUCAGAGUCGGUGGAUCUAGAGAACGUGCAUCUGCAGCUCGCCGAACCUACGUCAACCGUAGUUCUUGGUUGGGACACAGAGAGUGCCGACAAUUGCCAAGGUGUGCUGAUUGAUGAAAGUACCGUUGUAACUUUGGCACAAUGUACUUCGUUCAAAGGGUAUCCUCCGACGUACGUGAUUGUGCCUGCUAACGGAGACGUUCAAUACGAUAUAUCGAGCAUUUCUAACCAUCCGGAAUAUCGGAACGGAUCGUUGUACAACAAUAUUGCCAUCGUUAAGUUGGACGAACCGUUGAACUUCCACCAGUACCUGUUACCGGCCUGUUUGUGGCCACACUCUGCGCUUCCGGAUGAUCGAUUCGAGUUCCUAGGUCGGGGCCGACGGGAUCUCAAUGAGCUUUACUUAUAUCAAACACCGACGAUAAACGGUGUGUCAAAGAGUUUGAUUUCUCGUGCGGAUCUACACCAAGGAGACAACUGUACACUUUCCUCUUUGUAUGCGGCUCGUUUAACGACGGGAUUGAGCGAGGAGCAUCUGUGCUUUGGAAACGAACUCUUUCUGGUGCCGGAAACCUGUGAGCUGAUGUACGGUGGUGCGGUACAGCGGAAUGUGUUUCGCCUGCAGAAGUACUUCAAGCAUCUGUUUGGUCUUAACCUGCUAGGCCGAGACUGUGGGUAUGGACAGUCGGCCAUUGCGGUACGGAUAGCCAGCCACAUGGAGUGGUUGAGCAAGAUGCUGCUCACCAAUCGACCACACGAAGCGGCGAGCGCAGUUCGGUUCUACAACAGUGACUUGGCACCUGGGGAUCAAUGUCAACUGCCAUUUGGUGCCGGCUCUGGCCAAUGUACUGAGGUGGAGCACUGCCCAAAGGUCAGCUAUGAUGUGCAACUAGAGCGACAAGUUUCGUUUUGUGCUAAUGCGUCGAUCGUUUGCUGUCCGUUGCAUCAUAUACGGAAUAUUACCCACAAGCUGUCACCUAGUGCUGCCCAGAAGGAGCUCGACGAUUGUGCAUCGCGAUACAAGUCAGUUCAUCGUAAGACUUAUCUUUUCUAUGAAAUUCGCGAUGACAUGGACAUGGACGAGACUGGGCGAGACCAGUUCCCUCACGUGGUGAUUGUGAUAUGGCGGACAGUUGAUGGAACUCUCUACGAGUGUGUCGGUACGCUGAUCACACAAAGUGCUGUCCUGUCGACGGCCGAAUGUCUCUCACUGAUCGGCACCAAUCGGGCGGUGGUGCUGCUGGGAUUCAACAGUACCUCAACCACGAUUCCGGUGCAAGAGGUCAUCAUACACCCACAGUACGAAGCGUCUAACCGGCGCAACGAUAUCGGAUUGGUGAAGCUGGAGGGUAAGGUAGAGCCAGCUACGGGCAAAGUACCGGCAUGCCUAUGGCAGAAUCAAACUCAUACACCUUUCCGGCUAAAGCAGUUCAUGCAAGCGGAGAUGCAGUGGCUGAACAGCUAUCCAAUGUACAACAAGGAUUGCGAGAGCUACAAGCACUACGCUAGCCAAAGCAUUGAGCCGACGCAGCUCUGCCUCAACCUGGAAAGCGCUAACAAUCCCAUCGUACCGGGCGAACCCGCGUUUUGGCAGAAUGAGCUGGAUGAUGCGGCCGGAUAUGUGGUGCAGUACUUGGUGGGAUUCGUCAGCUACACGUUUCCGAUGGUGACGGUGCACACACGGAUCGAGUCAUACGUCGACUGGAUCAGGAGUGUGCUCUAA